CUGUUGAGAAGAGCUCAGUGUUGCAGACCUGUUUAUAGAGGAAAGACAGAGGAGAAAGCAAAAGUGGGAGGAGAGGGGCAAGACUCAUAGCUGCAGGAAUAGAGGAAAUACCUGAGGGAAGACUAGAAAAAAAAAAAGGCACCACUUGAAAUUAGGAAUUAGUGAAGGUUUAAAGAAUAAUUUUACAAUAAAUCCAAGACUGGGCAAAAGAAGGAAGAGGUUUUUAGAGUAAACUGUGUGGAGGAGCUGUCUCAAACAUGUUCUUUCUUCUCUCAUUCUGUUUAUGUGGUCUACUGCUGCAAGGUGAGGCACAGGACAGAGCUUCUCUGUGGAGGGGAAAUGACCGAAGUGGGCGAUGCCAAUACACCUUUACCAUACCUAGCCCCGUUGAGUCCAGCUGCCCACAAACUGGUGGUCCAGAGAUGGAUGGACUGAAGGCCAGACUCAGCCUGCUGGAGGUCCUGGUUUCCCAGCUGAGUGGAGGGGACUCUCGGCUCCCAGGGGUUGAACAAGGGGCAGGCGCCAGAGUUCAGUCUGACCUGCAAGAGGCACUGAACCGGGCUGUUGAAGAGAAGAACCUGCUGCAGAGUGAAAAGGAACGUCUAGAGAGGGAACUGAAGGGGCUUCAGUUUAGAAUGGAGGAGAUGAGGAGGGAGACAGAAAGGCUGAGGAACAAACCCUGUCCUCAACAGACACCCGUGGUCCCACCCAGCCCCACUCUGCAGGACAGGGUCCCAAAAAGACCUUCUAGUGGGUCUAAUCCGAUGUCUCACCUCAUGACCAGGCCCAACAGGCAGGGAGACAGCUCCAGUUUGAGAGAUUCAGCAUGGCAGCGUGGAUCUCCGGGGUUUCAGGAGCUCAAGGCUGCAGUGACAGAGGUGCCUGCUCCAGAAGGCAAUGAUGAUAACACAGGAUGUGGGGAGCUCCUUUCAGUUGCUGAGCCAGUAACUCACAGGAAAGCCGAUAAUAUAGCAGGUAAAUAUGGUAUUUGGAUGCAGGACCCUGAAGCCGUUUCUCCUUACGGACCCAACAUGCUCUGGCGCAUUGAUGCCAUUGGCAGUGAGAUCAGGCAGAUGUUUGGAUAUGAAGACUUGGAGCAACUUUCAAAAGGCUUCCCAUCCAAGGUCUUACUGCUGCCAGAGCUGUUAGAGAGCACAGGUGCUACUCUGUACAAAGGCUCCCUGUAUUAUCAGAGACGCAACAGCCGCACUCUCAUCCGAUAUGACCUGGCCUCUGAGAGCAUUGCAGCCCGUCGCGAACUUCCCCACGCCGGCUUCCAUGGCCAGUUCCCAUACUCCUGGGGAGGCUACACAGAUAUCGACUUGUCUGUGGAUGAGAAGGGGCUGUGGGCCGUCUACUCCACCAAUAAGGCCAAAGGAGCAAUUGUGAUCUCGCAGUUGAAUCCAGAAAGCCUGGAGGUAAAGAAGAGCUGGGAGACCAACAUCAGGAAGAACUCUGUGGCCAACUCGUUCAUCAUCUGUGGCAAGCUGUACACCCUGGCUAGUUAUGCAUCUCGUGAAACCAUCAUCAACUACAUGUAUGACACCGAAACCAGCCAGGGGAAGGCUGUGGCCAUCCCCUUCAGGAACAAGUACGGCUACAACAGCAUGAUUGACUACAGCCUGGCUCAGAGGAAGCUUUUUGCCUGGGACAACUUCCACAUAGUGUCCUAUGACAUCAGGCUGGGGCGCCAGCAGGCUAACUGAAGCCAACACGAGUGACUGCUGAAAAGUGACAUUUGCUCACCUGUUCCUGCUUCAAAGACUCACGGCUUUAGAGCAUGAGUAGCAGCAGUAGUUAGAAACCUAACGCCUUCAGUAUCCAUGUGUAGAAGAGCCUAACUACCAAACUCCAAAGAGAAAUGAAGACAUCUGAGGAACAGCAUCCCCAACAGGUCUUUUUUUUUCCCCCC